CAUUAAUUACAAAAUUCGUGAUUGAAAUUAUAUUAAAAAAUAAUGGAAGAGAAAUGUAUUUUUCUCUUAUAUUCUUUCAUCCUCCUUGUGCCAUUAUUAGCCCAUUUUUUUCCUUUUGACUUCUUGGUCUACUUCCUCUAAACACCCAAAGAAAACUUUCCCUACUUAUUUGUCUUUCUUUCAGGCUGUGAGAUCUAGAGCAUUCAUUUUACUUUUGGUUAAUUAGAUAUCUGUGGCAAAAGACUAAGCCUUUAUUGUUCAUACUACUUCUGGUUAAUUAGAUAAGAAUGGCACAAGAGUCAACCUUUCUUGCAGCCAAAAGGCAAGCUGUGCUUUCAUGAUUUCUUCGACAUUAUCUAUCCUAGUACUUUUUAACCUUUGUCAUGGUUUUUUUCUUUUUCUUUUUUGGUCUUUCAGAUAUGCAGUUAUAACAGGAGCGAACAAGGGAAUUGGUUUUGAGCUAUGCAGGAACCUGGCGUCGAAAGGAAUCAAGGUAGUUUUGACUUCUAGAGACGAGAAAAGGGGUCAUGAAGCUGUUGCAAAAUUGAAAGAUUCUGGUCUGUCUGAUCUUGUAGUUUUUCACCAACUUGAUGUAACAGACCCUUCUAGUAUUGCUUCCCUGGCAGAUUUUGUCAAAUCUAAAUUCGGGAAACUUGAUAUCUUGGUUAACAAUGCAGGGAUUUUUGGAGCUAUUCUAGAUCCUCAGGCUUUUGCCAAAGCUACUGAACUUGCAGGUUACUUUCCAACUGAAGAGCAAGCCAAUCAAUAUGAGAUUGCAACUCAAACUUUUGAGUUGGCAGAAGAAUGCCUGAAAACCAACUUCUAUGGUGCAAGAAGAAUGGUUGAAGCAUUUGUUCCCCUUCUCCAGUUAUCUGACUCAGCGAGGAUUGUCAACGUUUCCUCCAUCUUGGGGUUAUUGAAGAAUAUACCCAGCCAAUGGGCUAAGAAAGUGUUAAGCGAUGUUGAAAGUCUUACAGAGGAUGGAAUAGAAGAAGUUUUGAAACAGUUUCUUGAAGAUUUUAAAGAGGGAUUAUUAAAAGCUAAAGGCUGGCCUACUUAUUUCUCUGCAUAUACACUCUCUAAAGCAGCAAUGAAUGCCUACACAAGGGUUCUGGCUAAGAAGUACCCAAGUUUCCUCGUUAAUUCCAUUGGCCCAGGCUUUGUGAAAACUGAUAUUGUUUGCCAUAUUGGGGUCCUAACUGCUGCUGAAGGAGCUGAAAAUGUUGCGAGGCUAGCACUGAUGCCAAAUGAUGGUCCUUCAGGUGUUUUUUUCCUUAGGAAGGAAGUCUCAUGUUUUUGAUGAAUAUGAUUCCUUCCAAUCUUCAGUGAGCCACUCUUUUUAUGUACUGCAACUGAGAAUCCUUCCCUUCUUAGCAGCUGUUUGCUGUUGAAAACUAUAUGUAAAAUAAAUUGCAGUAGCUUUUUUUC